CAUGUUUAAAGGCUAACCAUGGCGUAGUUGUGUUACAGAUAAUAUACACUAAUGUAUGUAAACGAGAACUAUAUAAAAUACCCAAAGCCAAAACCCUCUCUCUCAAACACUCUUCCUGUCUCCCUCCUGAAAACUUAAAACCCCAAAAGACAUAUUGUGACAACACCAGCAGCAGCGGCAGACACAAGUAACCCAAAACCAUGCACCACCCACAACCCACACAGAAGAGACACAAAUUCUCCAUCAACGACCACGUUGACAUUCUCGUUGAAAUCCUCAAGCGACUAGACGGUCGUUCACUGGGCGUCGCGGCCUGCGUUUGCAAUCUCUGGUGCACCAUUGCUCGCAAUGACUCUCUCUGGGAAAACCUCUGCUUCCGUCACGUCAUCUCUCCUCCUCCCUCCGGUGUGCGUCCCGUCAUUGUCGCUCUCGGAGGCUACAAGAGGCUCUACAUGGUCUGCGUACGUCCUGUGCUGAGUCAACUUGGUCGCCGGUUCAGACUCAGUAGUGGUGGUGAGUCAGACCGUGCUAGGAGAAUGUGGACUCGGGAUGAGGUUGAACUCUUGCUUUCUCUGUUUUGUGUUGAUUAUUACGAGAGACUUGAGAGGAUUGGCGGUUAUGCGUCUGCAUCAUCUCUCAUGUUCCUUUGCAAGCCUGUUAACGUUUGAUUUGUUCACUUUUUUUCUUUUUCCUUGAUUUUGUUGAAUAGGUUUUUUGAUUGAUUUCUAAUGGUAAAACAAUAAGUCAUAGAAUAGAGAGAAUUAGGCCAAUCCUAGGAUACCAUUUGUAUUAGUAAUUUUUUAUUACA